AAUGUUUAUUGGGGCCAAAACGGCAACGAAGGCUCUCUUGCUUCCACUUGCGCCACCGGAAACUACCAAUUUGUCAACGUGGCAUUUCUCUCCUCCUUUGGCAGCGGCCAAGCUCCGGUACUCAAUCUCGCCGGCCACUGCAACCCCGACAACAACGGCUGCGCCUUCUUAAGCAGUGAAAUUAACGCCUGCCAAAGUCAAGGCGUCAAAGUCCUCCUCUCAAUCGGCGGCGGAGCUGGAAGCUACUCGCUCUCCUCCGCUGAUGACGCGGCACAAGUAGCGAAUUUCAUUUGGAAUAAUUACCUCGGCGGCCAGUCGAGUUCCAGGCCGCUAGGCGACGCCGUUUUAGACGGAGUCGAUUUCGAUAUCGAAGCCGGGUCGGGUCAAUUCUGGGACGAAUUGGCCGGGCAACUGAAGGGAUUGGGUCAAGUCGUUAUCUCCGCCGCGCCGCAAUGUCCGAUCCCCGACGCGCACUUGGACACUGCAAUUAAAACCGGGCUGUUUGAUUUGGUUUGGGUUCAAUUCUACAACAACCCACCGUGCAUGUUUACUGAUGGAAACACUGACAAUCUCCUCAAUUCUUGGAACCAGUGGUCCACUUUUCCGGUCGGGAAGCUCUUCAUGGGGCUCCCGGCGGCACCUGAAGCUGCGCCGAGCGGCGGAUUUAUUCCAUCGGAUGUCCUUAUUUCUCAAAUUCUUCCGACCAUUAAAUCUUCUUCCAACUAUGGAGGAGUUAUGUUGUGGAGCAAGUCUUUUGACAAUGGCUACAGCGACGCCAUUAAAGGCAGCAUCUAAGCUAAAUUACUUAAUUAGCCAUGAAUAAGUAAAACAAGAAAUGGGCAUUCUUGUCCUUUUAUAAAUUUGUGUGAUGUAAUAAAAUAACUCUUUAU